GCAUUACACAUGACAUCCACACAACACAAGCGUGGCUCCUGUCCUCUGGAUCAUGGGAGAAUAACAGGAAGAGGAGGGAAGGAUGGGAUGAUGGGAAAUAUCGUAAAUAUCUGUCUCUGUUAGAGGGGUUUCCAUUGCCUGCUCUGGUCUGUGUGUGUGUGUGUGUGUGUGUGUGUGUGUGUGUGUGUGUGUGUGUGUGUGUGUGUGUGUGUGUGUGUGUGUGUGUGUGUGUGUGUGUGUGUGUGUGUGUGUGUGUGCGCAUGUGUGGUCAGGGUGUGUGUGUGGUCAGGGUGUGUGUGUGGUCAGGGUGUGUGUGUUAGGGGUGUGUGUGUAUGUCGGUGAGUAGGAAGGGAUUGAGGCUGCGUUCCUGCAGCUAACCCCCAGCAGCUCAGCUCUGUGUUGUCACCGGGAAACAAGCGACCAUCCAGGCUGAGGCAGCCCAGAUCUGUUCUGCUUCCUGUCUGAAAUAAAAGGGAAAGGAACAGCUGUGGUUGCCCCUCUUUCCUCGGUUUCUUUUUCCACUGUGGAUGGACUGUCAUCCUCUGCUCAGACAGACAGAUAGACAGACAGAAAGAGGCUCACAACAAGCUCACAAUGUGAAGGGCAUAAGGAGGGAGGUGGCGAGCAUGUGACUGGAGAAUGGCUCACUAUAAGGAUGUAACUGUCAAAAAGAGCUCUUCUCUUAACUUGGUGACGGGAUUCUUUCAGUAUCUCCGUGAUGAGCAAGAAGCAGUACAGAAGAGGACUUUUACUAAAUGGAUCAAUUCCCACUUGACAAAGCGUAAACCACCUCUAGAGGUCACCGACCUUUUCGAGGACAUCAAAGAUGGGGUGAAACUGUUAGCUCUAUUGGAGGUGCUGUCUGGACAGAGACUGCCGUGUGAGCAGGGCCGCCAGCUGAAGAGGAUCCACUGGGUGUCCAACAUCGGCACCGCCCUCAGGUUCCUCGAAGGCAGGAAGUCUGUGUACCGAGGAUCCCCGAUCAAGCUAGUCAACAUCCAUGCCACUGACAUAGCAGAUGGUCGACCAUCCAUUGUCCUGGGGUUGAUUUGGACUGUCAUCCUCUACUUCCAGAUCGAGGAGUUGACCAGUAACCUGCUAGCCUUGGAGGCCCUGUCCAGCAGUACCUCCUCAGUGGACAGCAUGGCCAGUAACUCAGAGACAGGCAGUCCCGCCUUGAAGAGGGAGGUGGUACCCAAGAAGUUCCAGGGCAACGCCAAGAAGGCCCUCCUCAGAUGGGUACAGAGCACCGCUGCCAAUGGUCAGGGCAUCGAGGUAAAGGACUUUGGUGCCAGUUGGCGUACCGGUGUGGCGUUCCACUCUGUGGUCCAUGCCAUCCGCCCAGAUCUGGUGGACAUGGAGGUGGUGAGGAGGAGGAGCAACCGGGAGAACCUGGAGGAAGCCUUCUCAUUGGCCGAGAACGAGCUGGGCAUACCACGCCUGUUGGACCCAGAAGAUGUGGAUGUAGAUAAACCAGAUGAGAAGUCCAUUAUGACAUAUGUUGCUCAGUUCCUCAAGCACUAUCCCAACCCCCACCACUCUGAGACAGAUGGGCAGGAAGAAGAGUAUGUUCCUCAAGAUAUAGAGCAAAUGCUCCAGGUGUUACAGAGAGAAGAACGGAAGGUUCUGAGGGAGCUGAAGGUGUGGCUGGAACAGUUGGAAAGAGACGUGCUGCAGGUGCAGGAGGCAGAGGGCAACAUCACCGACAAGUACCAGGGCUUCAAGAGUUUCCGUGUGCAGUAUGAGAUAAAGAAGAAGCAGACAGAGCCGCUGCUGCAGCCGGUACACAAAGAUGGGAAGUUGUCUGUAGACCAGGCCCUGGUCAAGCAGGCGUGGGAACACGUCUCUAGCACGCUCCUGGACUGGCACAUCCAUCUGGAUAAGUGGCUGCCUGUCCCCCUGGGGGUGAUCGGAGCCUUGCUGCAUCGAGCUGAGAUCGCCCUGAGAGAGGAGAUUCCCAUCCAACAAGCUCAUGAAGAGACAGCUAAUGUGAUCCAGAGGAAGCUGGAACAGCACAAGGAGAUCCUGAAGAACUUGGAGUCCCACAAACAGACGUUCCAGCAGAUCCACCGAGACGGAUCAGUAAACGGGGUCCCUGUCCCCCCCGAACAGCUCCAAGACAUGGCCGAAAGAUUCAAUUACGUGUCCACAUCAUCUUAUGCCCACCUGAUCAAACUGGAAUUCUGGGAGAUCAAGUAUCGUCUGAUGGCAUUUCUCAUCCUGGCUGAGUCUAAGCUCAAGUCCUGGAUCAUCAAAUAUGGCCGCCGUGACUCUGUGGAACUACUGCUACAGAGCUACAUUACCUUCAUCGAGGGACACAUGUUCUUCGAACAGUAUGAGACAACGUUUAAGGCACUCAGGCAAUCUGCAGAUGUCUACGUCAAGUCUGAUGGUUCAGCUGAGGAAGCAGAGGUUGUGGGUAAGUUCCUGUCGGAUGCGUCGGCCCAGUGGAGGAACCUGUCGGUGGAGGUGCGUAGCGUCCGUAGCAUGCUGGAGGAGGUCAUCUCUAACUGGGAGAAGUACAGCAGUACGGUGGCCGGACUGCAGGCCUGGCUGGAGGACGCAGAGCAGAUGCUCAACCAGUCAGAGAAUGACAAACGGGACUUCUUCCGGAACCUUCCUCACUGGAUCCAGCAGCACCUGGACAUGAACGAUGCAGGGAACUUCCUGAUUGAGACGUGCGAUGAGACUGUCUCCAGAGACUUGAAGCAGCAGCUGCUCAUUCUCAACGGGAGGUGGAGGGAGCUGUUUGUUAAAGUCAAACAUUAUGCUAGAGUGGACGAGGUGGACAAGUGGAAGCAGGACUAUCAGGACUGUAUCGCUACUCUCAAAACCUUCAUGGAUGCAACCAACGACAAGAUGACUGCCCCUGUCCAAGUGUCCUUCCUGAACGUCAGGACAUUCGUUCAAGAUGUUGAGGACAUCAAGAACAAGGUCCCGGCCAUGGAGGCAGCCUGUAAGACAGCCAGCCGCACCGCCCAGCUGCUGAUCAAAGACACGCCCGCGGAGGAGGUCUCUACCAUGCUGGCUGUCAUGGCUUCUAUCAAGGAGGAGAUGAGCAAGAUAAAGGAGCGGUCCCUGCCGCUGCUACGGGAUGCCCAGUCCCUGCUGCCUGCUCUGGAGGAGAUGGAGAAGAACAUCACAGGGUUCUACCAGGCCCUGGAGAAGGCCAGCCGCAUCACCUGCUCCAGGGACUCGGAGGCCCACGGGGACUUCAAACAGAAAUGCCAGGAGCUGGUGACCUUCACCCAGAGCUGUAAGAAAUGUCUGACUGUGAUAGAGAAUAACCAUCAGAGUGUCCAGAGAACCCUGGACAGCAGUAAGACCCUACAGCACCUGGACAUGGCCCUGCUGCAGAAGAGAGCCGCCGACCUCCAGGCCUCCUCACAGGCAAUGAUCGAGGAGUCUACUGAGUGGAGGAAUCAUGUGGAGGUCAACAGCCGCUUAAUGAAGAGGUUUGAUGAGUCCCGUGGCGAGCUGGAGAAGGUGCUGAAAGUCGCUCAGGCUUUUCUAAAUGAGAGAGGCAACCCAGAAGACCUGCUAAAAAAACACACGGAGUUCUUUGGGCAGCUGGACCGGCAGGUCCUCGAUGCGUUCCUGAAGGCCUGUGAUGAACUGACAGACAUAGUGCCUAAGGAGGAGCAGCAGAGUCAGCAGGAGACAGUCAGGAAACUGCACAAACACUGGAAGGAUGUCCAGACAGAGGCUCCCUACCAUCUGCUGCAUCUGAAGGUAGAGGUGGAACGGAGCAAGCUAAUGGUCUCCAUGCAGGAGUGUCAGUCAGAGCUGACCAGAGAGAACAGACACCUGGCUGGCAUGGGGAGUGAGAGGCUGAUCAAGGAACACAGGGACUUCUUCAGGGAGAAGGGUCCUCAGUCUCUGUGUGAGAAGAAACUACAACUGAUGGAGGAACUGUGUCAGAAGCUUCCGGACAGCAACCCAGCCCACCAGACCCUGAACAGCUCUAAGAAGGCCUACUCUGAGCUCUGGGAGGAGAUAGAUAGCACCCAUCACAAUCUGAUGCAGCACCCUGAUAAGUGGGAGGAGUUUAACACCAGGUUCUCCGAGUUGUCAGCCUGGCUUUCGUCUAAAGAGAGCCAACUCAGACUGCUCAGGAACAGAGCCAACGACCCCAGCAAGCACGGACAGGUCAAGGCCACCAUAACAGAGCUGAGGAACGAUGCAGAGCUGCAGGAGGGGAACCUGGGCUGGCUGAAGUCCCGGCUGGCUGUGCUGAUAGAGAUCUGCUCCGAGACGGAUGCACAGAGUCAGGCUGGGGCAAUUAAUAAACUUUCCACCAACUUCAAGGGCCUCCUCUCCUAUCUCACUGAGUCUGAGAAGGUGGUGCUGGCGGUGGGGGACUGUGUGCAGUUCAGGGAGGAGGUGCGUGGUGCACUGGAUGAGCUGGUGCAGGGUCAGCAGGAGGUACACCUGGAGGUGACCAGGAUACUGGACUCUGAGACCGUCAGGGAGGCCCAGCAAUUGCUCCAGGUUCACCAGCAACAGCUGAAGCGUCUACGUAUGAAGAGGAAGGAUGUGAGGCAGCAGAUCGAUAGGGGCCAUCAGCUACAGGCUGAGGAGGGGCUGGGGGAGACCUUACAGCAGGACCUACAGAGUCUGGAGACAACACUCAGCAAUAUGGACCACACCAUGGACUCACAGGAGCAGGAGUUAGAGGUGACUCUGUCUGCGUGGCAGGAGUUUGACAGCCAGCAGAGGACAGUGCAGGAGUUUGUUACCAGGGCGCUCUCUGUCAUAGACAGAGACCUGAACUUUAGCAGCCCAGAGAGCCUGGCUACUGAACUGGACCAGGCCAGGGUCCUUUUAAAGCAGAGUGAAGAAGAAGCCUGCAUGGUGAACACCUUGUUGAGGAAAGCAGCAGAGAUCCAGCUUGGCCCAAAGAACACCACCUUGUUACUGGAGCAAGCCCGCUCCCUCAGCGAACAGCUGGACAAAGUGGAGGCUGGCCUCAAGAAAGACGCCAAGGCUCUUGAUGGGAUGAAGAAUCAGUGGACUCGGUUUGGGACAGAGUUUGAGACCUUCUCCUCGUGGAUCUCUGAGAAAGAGAAAGAAAUGGAUGCUCUAAAGAGUUCUGCUGCUCCACUUGGACAACAGAUCAACACAGUAAAGGCGGUGGGUGUGGAGCUGGGGGACAAGGCGGAGGUGUUAUCCCAGCUCGAGGCCCACUCCCAGGCCCUGGCCCAGUUCAUCUCGUCUGGGGAGGCAGCCCGUAUCAAGGCUCGGCUCACCCAGAUCGGCAGAUACUGGGAGGAGCUCAGGGAGAGUGUGGAGCAGCUAGAAGGACAGCUGCAGGAGAGCUCCUCCACACAGCACCGCUUCAACACCAGCCUGGAAGAGGCCAAAACAACACUUGGUGAUCUCCAUAAGAAACUGGACCAUCCUGUCACUUCCUGUACCUCCUCGUCAGAGACCUACAAAUGUCUCCAGAACCACAUGGAUGUGUCCCAGAGCUUGGAGAGCCUGAAGGCAGCCUUGUUGCCCCUGUCUGCUGGGGCACGUAGACUCAGUGACAGGGAGCAGGCUGAGAGAGCAGUGGCCGCUCUACAGACCAGCUAUGACCAGAGUCUAGGGCAGGCCAAAGAAAAACAGAACACACUGGAGAAAGUGCUGUCUCUAUGGCAAAAGUAUGAGAAGGAUCGUUCUAGCUUUGUAUCCUGCUUGGAGAGAUGUGAGUCUACAUCCAAAUCUGAGAGCCAUUGCCUGCCUGCAGAUAAAACCAAGCUGGAGAGUGAGCUGCAGGACCUGCAGGACUUGCAGUCUGAGGUGGUGUCGCUGGAGCCCCUUCAUGAAGGCCUGGUGGCCUCAGGGACAUCCCUGUACCCCACCGCCCCAGAGGAGAAGGCAAGGCAGCUCAGUGAUGACUUAGAGCAGCUUAAGAAGAGAUGGAACUCCCAGAAUGAACUCAUCCCUUACAGAAUCAAGGAGCUCCAGAGCCAGCUGUUCCAGGUGGAGCAGUUUGACCAGUCCUUGUUGAAGUUCUCUCAGUGGUCUGAGACCCUCCUCUCCACCCUCCACUCAACCUCCCUGGUCAACAUCACUGACCUGCAGCCUGCUGUGGCCCAAGUCAAGGAAACACUAGCGGCUCUUCAGAAGCAGAGUGGUGUGAGGGAGAGCUUGGAGCUCCAGACAGAGGGGCUGUGUGCCUCGUGUGAACCCCAGGAUGCUCAGCUCCUCCAGGGGAGACAGGUCAGCUGCCUACAGCCCUACCUGGAGGUCCAGCAGCUGGCUGAGCUCCGACUGGACUGCUUGGGGAAGCUGGAGGCCUUCUUGGAGACCCACGGUGCGGCUGUGGGGGUACUACGAGGCUUGAGGCAGACGGUGGAGAGUUCAGGGAGCUGGGACCAUGGUCGGGUGGAGGAACUACAGAGAGAACUGGAGGCCAUCGUCCCAGACAUCAGCAGUCUGGAGACCCUGGCAGCCGGCCUGGACAGCAGCCUCUGUAAAGGCCACCUCCACAUGGUGAGCGGUGUGGAGGGGUCUGGGUCCCGGACGUCGUGCCGGGUGCUCGCUGAUGGUCUCAGCGGGGAGCUGGACACAGUGAGGAAUCUGCUUGGGACCAAGCAGAGCGAGGCAGAGGCCCUGGGAGCGCUAUGGAGCUCCUUCAGACAGAGGAAGGAACAGCUGUUGAAAAGCGUGGAGGACAUCAAGGAGAAGGCGGACCAGCAGAGCCUGCGAGAACCCAGCCCACUCGCCCUGCAGCAGAGGCUGCGGUUCUUUAACCAGCUGGAGGAUGAGCUCCAGUCUCAACAACACGAGGAGCAGUGGCUCAGGGACAAGGGUCAGCAACUAGCCCAGAGAGAUGCAGAGCUGGCCGGGGAGGUUCUCAGGGAGAUCAGCCUCUUGGAAACCACCUGGGAGGAUACCAAGAGACUCAUAACUGACAGGCAGGAGCAGUGCAGUGUUCUGGUGGAGCUGAUGAGAGAAUACCAUAACCUGAGGACAUCCAUAGCCGCCACCAUGGAGAACACUGAGGCUGUGGCUGACAUCGGCUCGGCUCUGAAAGACCACGAGGAGACCAAAAAAUCGCUGGCUAAGCAUGAAGCAGUGAAGGCAGAGAUGUUGGCCAAGCAGAGUGACCUGGACCAGUUCUCCAGUAAAGGAAAACUUCUGCUGUGUGAUCUGAGGAAGAUCCCAGACUGUGAUGCUCAGCUGAUGACGACAGACAUGCAGACUCUAGUAGACCAGUGGCUCGAGGUGUCCGAGAGGAUUGAAGACAACAUUGAGCAUCUGAGCCAAAGCCUGGCGUUGUCGGAUGACGUGCAGCAGAUCAGUGAGGAGAUCGAGGGCUGGACCAACAGCUCAAUGAUGGAACUCAGUGAAAGCCUGAAUAACCUCAUUGGCAGCCAGAGAAUGGAGGCCAGACUCUCUGCAUUACAGUUGGAGAUGGGGAAGAAAGAGCACCAGCUUGUGACCCUGCAAGGGAAAGUGUCAGAACUGAAGCAACUCAACUGUAGCCAGGACACUCCCGCCAAACUACAGGUGCUGGAGGCGGACCUGAGGAAAAAGCUGAGCCAGGUGCAGAAGCUAUGUGAGCAGGCCAGGGGAAACCUCAGGGACUUCAGCUCCCAGAGAAAGCAGUUAGAGGACUACAUUACCCAGAUGUCUGAUUGGCUGAAGAGCAUAGAGCAGUCCCUGACGAGCUCACCGAUUGGAUCUGACCUAGAGGACAUCUGCAGAGUCAAGGACCUCCAGAAGGACCUUCAGAACCAGCAAGGCAGCAUAGAUUCCACCAGGGAGAGCCUGAACACUCUGUGUCGGAAGUACCCUUCUGAGGAGCUGGCUGGGCUGGGUAGUGCACUCACUGACCUUAUCAAGGGCUAUGAGUCUGUCAACCAGCUUUCCUCUAGGACCCUGGCCUCCCUGCAACACGGCCUGCAAAAACACUUCAACGACCUGGUUCGGGAGUUCCACAGCUGGCUGUCUGAGCAGAGGGAGGUAGUGAAGGAGUGCUCUGACCGAUCAGGAGACACUAGCAUCGUGCAGCGUAAACUCCAGAAGCUAAAGGGGGCGCUGGAGCGUGUGGAGGAAGGGGAGGUACGUCUGACUCAGGUGUGUGAGGAAGGGGAGAAGCUCCUGCUCCACCUCCCUAAGGCCAGCGCUGGCCAGGUGCAGCAGCACCUCUCCUCCAUCCAGCAGGACUGGGACCGUUAUGUUGAGCAGUGUAGACUCAACCAGCAGGCCCUGGAGGACAGCACUGCACAACUAAAUGGGUUUGAGGGGCGUCUGAAGAAGCUGAGUCAGUGGCUGGAACACAUGGAGCAGAGGGUGACCUCAGAGCUGCCUGAGGAGAAACACAAGGGUCUUGAGAAGGCAACACUGGAGGGGGUGGAGGAAUACCACCAGGAAGUGCUCAAAGAGAGGGACUCUUUCGAGCGACUGUGUCAGGAGUCACAGGUCUUGAAUGAAGGUGGACGAGGCGACGGUGGUGAGACACGGGCGGCUGCGGGGCUGCAGUCUCAGCACCAGGCUCUGCUGCGAAGGGUGAGGGAGAGGCUGAGGUGCUGCCAGGUAAACCUACAGGAACAGGAGGCCUUUAAGGAGACCCUGCAGAGCACCUGGUCCUGGCUAAACGGGAUGAAGGAACGACUGGGGACCCUCAACAGUACCCUGGGGAACAAGGUGACGCUGGAGAAGAGACUGGGACUUGUACAGGACAUCCUGCUGAUGAAAGGCGAGGGCGAGGUGAAGCUGAACAUGGCGGUAGGGAAGGGCGAGCAGGUUCUGAAGCACAACAGUGUGGAGGGACAGGAGGCCAUCUGCUCCCAGUUACAGAACCUGAAGGACGCCUGGGCCAGCAUGCUCAUGACCUCCAUGAGUUGUCACAGUCGUCUGGAAUGGACGGUAGCCCAGUGGAGUAUCUACCAGGAUAGUAAGGGGCAGCUGCAGCAGUGGAUGGAGUCUGUGGAGCAGGAGGUGGGUCUGGCCCUGGACCAGCAGCCAGGCCUGAAGGAGAAGGCCUAUCUCCUGGAGCGCCUCAGAGCCCUCCAGGCUGACGUGGAGGCCCACGCAGGACCACUGGCCAGGCUGACAGAGACGGCUGCAGAGCUGCAUGAGAAGACAGGUGACCAGGCCUUUGGUCCGGAGCAGAGAAUGGAACUCAAUGCACACUUCGCUGACAUUACCGCUGUCGUCAAGGGUAAGGUUCAGGCCAUGGAGAACAGAGUGACAGAGCAUGAGCACUACUUGGAAGCUGUGAGGGACUUCAAUGAUUGGCUGGCCUCUGCCAAGGAGGAGCUCCAGCGCUGGUCUGACCUGUCAGGAGACUCCACCUCUGUAAACAGGAAACUUGCCAAAGUCCAGGAGCUGAUAGACUCCAGGCAGCGUGGCCAAGAGCGUCUGAGCCGGGUGCAGCGUUGUGGGGCUGCAACGAGGGACCACACUGGCUCCGCGGGCUUCGAGGCAGUGGAGAGGGAGGAGGCAGCCCUGCUGUCUGCCUGGGAGCAGUGGGAGCGUGGGGCACUGCAGAACAGGGCAGGCCUGGAGACUGCUCUCUCCCAACUCGCCAGCUCCGAACAGGAGUUUAACUGCUUGGCUGCUCAGCUGGAGGUGGACCUGCAGGAGUUUAGCAGUCAGCUACAGGAGUGGAGACACAGGCUAUCUCAGGCAGAGGGGAAAAACAGUAGGGAGGAGGCUGUGCAGGGCUGGCAGAUUGCAAAGGACACUCUGGAGGGUCUAGUCAAAAUGGAGCCCAUGUCAGACGGUCUGAAGUUCCAGCUCAACGGUCUGUGUCGGUUCUCCAAGGACCUGGGUACUCAGUCAGAGAGAGUGUCCUCCCUUAUCAAGGAGUACAACGGGCUGAGCCUGCAGGCCUCCAGAGAAUGCCAGAACAAAGAGAAGCUUCUGGAGCAGCAGUUCCGUGCCGCUUUCCGAGAGUUCCAGCAGUGGCUGGUCAAUGCCAAAAUCAACACAGCCAAGUGCUUUGAUGUGCCUCAGAACCUCAGCGAGGCCUCCUCCAGCCUGCAGAAGAUACAGGAGUUCCUGAGUGACAGGGAGCAGGGCCACUCCAAAUUAAAUGCUGUGGUGCUCAGUGGUGAGCUGGUGGUCAGUAUCGCUGCCAAGGACAGAGUAGACGCUGUCCGGGCCAAAAUGCGCAGUGCCAGAGAAGACUGGAAGACUCUGAUGUCCAACUUGCACCAGAGGGAGACUGCCCUACAGAACCUCCAGUCUCAGAUGAAGGACUUUGAGGCGAGUGUGGAGCCUCUUCAGGAGUGGCUGAACGGGACAGAGGUUGCUGUACAGGAGAGCAGCACACGACUCCACGACCUCACUGCCAAAAAGCAGGAGUUGCACAAGCUGCAGUCUGUGCUCGAGGAGUUAGCCUCUCAAGAGGUUCAGCUGAUAAGGCUCAGAGAGAAGGCCCAGCUACUGUGGGACGGACACGCGGCCAGAAAGGGCUUUGUCCACCGUGUCUCGCAGCUCUCCGCUCAGUACUUAGCUCUAACCAACCUGACCAAGGAGAAGGCUUCCCGUAUCGACCGUAUCGUCACUGAGCACCAGCUGUUCUCCCAGGGGCUGAAAGAGCUGCAGAACUGGGUGGCCGACACCAGCCACAUGCUGCAGACCUACCGCACUCCCACAGCAGACAAAAAUGUCCUGGACAGCAGGAUGAUCAAGCUGGAGGCGUUGCUGACAGCACGUCAGGAGAAGGAGAUCCAGCUGAAGAUGCUGGUCACCAGGGGAGAGUCUGUCCAGAGGAACACAUCAGUAGAGGGUGUACCAGUAGUCUGCAAGAACAUCCAGGACCUCAAAGACUCCUGGGACACCCUGCUUUCCGCCUCCAUCCAAUGCAAAAGCCAGUUGGAGGGAGCCCUCUCCCAGUGGACCAGCUACCAGGAGGACGUGUGUCAGUUUGUGGGCUGGGUGGAGCGUGUUGAGGAGAGCCUGGACCCAAGAGACAAACAAUGCUCCGAGAUGAGAGACAAAACUGCCAACCUGGGAAAAGCCAAGCUUCUCUAUGAGGAGGUUCUUAGCCAUAGCAGUCUACUGGACACCAUCACCGUGAAGGGAGCCAACAUGGCCGAACACUACGUCACCCAGCUAGAGCUCCAGGACCUGCAGGAACGAUACUACACUGUCAAGGACAACACCAAGACUGCGGUGGGGAAGGCAGAAGAGCUGGUGCAGGCCCACCAGGAGUACGAGAGAGGCCUACAUGUGUUUGAGGCGUGGCUGGAGCAGGAGCAGGAGAAACUGGGCUGCUACACACAGCUAGAGGGGGAUGUGGACACUCUGGAGGAGACGCUUCAGAAACUACAGGAGCUGCAGGUCCAGUGCACGGAGGGCCAGGCCCUACUCAACACCCUGCUGGACAGUAGAGACCAGGUUGUGCCCUGGGGUGUCCCCCAAAUCGAGGACCGGGUCCUGGAGACCUUGCAGCGGGACUGGAAUCUGUACCAGGGGAAGCUGGGAGACACCAGAGCCCAGCUCAACAGUGCCCUGGCCAAGCUCCGCCAGAUGGAGCAAAAGUUUCAGGGUCUGGACAGCUGGCUGAAUAGCAUGGAGAGCAAAGGUCAACUGAGGAGUCAUCGCCGGUCGGACCGUGCCACCAAGGACGCUCAACUCCAACUGAUAAAGAGUUGGCAGGAGGAGGUGCUAUUGUACCAGGAGGAGGUGGAGGGUCUGAGUGUUCUAGCCCAGCAGGUCAUAGAUGAGACCCACAUCAGCAGCCGGGUUAGCACCAGAGCUACCCAGCUCACCUCUCGCUACCACACCCUGCUACUGCACCUACUGGAGAGCAUCAAGCAACUGCAGGUGGAGGUGUGUUGCAUCGAGGAGGCCCAGAAUGUGUUCAGGACCUUCUCUGAUUGGCUGAGCUCGGCCCAGAACAACUUCAGCACCAUGGCCAUCAGCAUCAGUGUAGUAGACCGUCUUACCAUGGAGAGGAAGAUGAAGACACUGGAGGCUCUUCAGGGUGACAUGGAGCAGGGCCACCGCUUCCUGAAGACGAUGCGUGAGAAGACAGAGCGGGCCGUGGCCUUCCUGGAGGAACCAGAAGCUGAGCAGCUGAGGGAGGAGGUGGAUGCUCAUAGAUCCCAGCUAGAGGGCCUGAUGGCUGGGCUACGCACGGAGCACAGCUCCCUGGAGAAAUGCAUCUCCCUCUCCAAAGACUUCCUGGACAAGUACAAGGUCCAGGCACAGUGGCUCGCUGAGACCAAGGCUUUGUUAAGCUCACCCAUCGAUCUCAAAGCUGAGCUCUACCAGAAGAAGGCUCAGUUAGCCAAAUAUAAGACAAUCCAGCAGACAGUGCAGUCCCACGAGUCAGCGGUGAGGUCAGUGGUCGAGAAAGGAGAGGUUCUGCUGGAUAUGGUCUGUGACCCCACCAUCAGAGACAACAUGAACAGGUUGCAGACUGACUACCAGGAACUCUGCACUGCAGCCAAGAGCCAGGUCCAGAGUCUGGUGGAGUGGGUGAAGGAGCAUGAGUGCUACAACAGUGAGCUCCAGGAGGUGGAGAAGUGGCUCCUACAGAUGUCCAGUAGGCUGGUCACCUCAGACUCCAUGCAGACCUGUAGUAUGGAGACGGCCACACAACAACUGGCCCGCCACAAGGCAAUCAUGGAGGAAAUAACUAGUUUUGAGGAGCGCCUGACCAGUCUGAAGGAGAAAGGAGAUGACUUGGUGUCCAGCUGUACAACGGACCAGAUGCAGGCUAAGACCAGCCAGCAGGUCAAGGCUCACCAUCAGGGCACCAGAGACAGCUACUCUGCCAUCUGCAGCAGUGCACAGUGUGUUUACCAGAGUCUGGACAGAGAACUGCAGAAGCAUGUCAGUCACCAGGACACGCUGCAGCAGUGCCAGACCUGGCUCUCCACCGUCAAUGAGGAGCUACUGCUGCACUGUCAACCUCCCUUUGGCAUGCAGGAGGCCCUCAAACAGGUGAAGCACUACAGGGCUCUACAGGAGCAGGCCAGUACGUACCUGGACCUGGUGUAUUCUGUGUGUGACUUGUCUGAUGAUGCUGUGAGAGCCACUGCUGCGGAAGUCCAGCAGGUCAAACACACGAUGGAGGAGAGGAUGUUGAGCUCCCAGGAGCUAUGUGAGGGCUGGAGGGAGAUAAAGGAGCAGAAGCAGGAGCUAUCUGAUCAGUUCCAGGAUAUGGAGCAGCAGCUUCUCAGCCUCUCCAGAAGACCAGCCGAGCUCGAGACCAAGAUCGCCCUCAACAUGCUCACCCAGGCCAAGGAGUUUAGCCAACAGCUGCAGAGUAAACAAGCCACCCUAUCCAGGAUGACAGAGAGUGUGAGUCGUCUGACUGCGGGCCAGGACAACCCGGAACAUGGGGAGAUAGGGCGUCUGAGCCAUGCCUGGCUGGGGUUGUUUCACCAAGCUAACAGGCUGCAGGGCCAGAGGCAGGAGGACCUGCAGAGGAUCCAGGAGUACCACAACUGCAUCACAGCCAUGGAGGCACUGUUUGAGCAAGUGUCCAAGGAGUGGGAUAACCUGGCCAGGACUGAUGCUGAAAGUUCAUCUGAGCACUUGGAGGCGCUGAAGAAACUUGCCGUAGCUCUCGAAGACCAGAAGGGAACUCUGGAGGACCUGAAGGACCAGAGGCAGAAAGUCACCCACGACCUGAACCUGGAUGACAAGGAGUUGGUGAAGGAACAGAUCAGCCAUUUUGAGCAGCGCUGGGUUCAGCUGCAGAGCCUCAUCAACAGGAAGAUACAGGACUCGGUGCUGACCCUGGAGGACAUGGCCAAGGUGGAGGCCCGUCUAAGGGAGGCCAGGGAGUGGGCCGAAGAGCAGCAGCCAGGCCUUUCUGAAGCCAUGAAGAUGAGUCCUCCUCCAGAGCUGGCCCAAAGCUUCCUAUUCGACCACCUCAGCAUUUGCAGCGAACUGGAGGCCAAGCAGCUGCUUCUGGCCCAGGCCAUGAGUGAUGCUGACCGUGUCCUGGCUCACCUGGGGCUCAACGAGUGCCAGCGCCUGCAGCAGCUCAUCUCAGACACUCAGGCCGAGGUGGAGUCACUCAGCGUGAAGGUGGCUCAACGCAGAAAGCACCUCAGCAAGGCCUUCACUGAGAGGACCCAGUUCUUGCAGGCUGUCAACCAGUCCAUCACCUGGGUCCAGCAAAAUGAGAAGAAAGCCCAGGCGGAGGAGUACAUUGCACUGCUACCUGACGACCUGGCCAAGCAGGUUAAGGCCUGCAGGAACAUCCAGAGCAGCCUGAAGGCCUACCAGAGCGAGCUGACCUCCCUGUGGUCUCAGGGCAGAGACCUGAUGAGGGACGCCACGCAGGACGAGAAGGUGGAGAUGCUCACCAAGCUGCAGGAGCUGCAGAACAUCUUUGAAAAAGCCCUGCAGAAAUGUGUCCAGAGGCUCCAAGAACUGGACAAGGUGCUUGUCUCCAGGAAGUACUUCAAGGCAGACCUGGAGAAGACGUGCCAGUGGCUGAAACAAGCAGACAUAGUGACCUUCCCUGAGAUCAACCUCAUGAAUGGCGACUUGGAGCUGAACGUGCAGCUGUUGAAGUACCGGCAGAUAGUAGAGCAGGCAAUGGAAUAUGAAAACCUCUUACUGAUCGUCCAGAGAACUGGUCAGGAGAUCCUUCCCACUCUGAAUGAAGUGGACCACUGUUAUUUGGAUGAGAAACUCAAUGCCCUGCCACAGAAAUACAACAGCAUACUGGCUCUGGCCAAAGAGAAACAGGAGAAGAUCGAGCAGGCCAUCCUAGCCAGAAAGGAGUACGCCUCAUUCAUAGACGUGACUCAUAAAGCAUUGAAAGAGCUUGAGGAGCAGUUCCAUAACUUAGGGAUGCAGCCUGUUGGUCUGCAGACAGAGGAGGUUGUGAAUUUACUGAGCGACUACAAAGCUCUUCAGGUUGAUCUGGGCAACCUUGGUCUGGCUGUAAGCGAACUGAACCAGAAGAAAGAAGGCUUCCGCAGCACUGGUCAACCCUGGAGACCUGAAGAGUUGACCCAGCUGGUGAGCCUUUACAAUGGGCUCAAGAGGCUCAUCGAACAGCGGGUGGAGCAUCUCAACGACACACUGGGGUCCUUCGAGGACCACAAGACCAUGGCCAUGCAGGUGGACUCUGAGCUAAAGGCUACCAAAGAAGAGCUAGUCAAGGUCAACGCAGAGACCCAGUCGGCGGAGGAGAGGCUGAAGAAUUACCAUGCCCUGGCCGGGAGUCUUCAGAGCGCCAGCUCUCACCUUUCCAGACUCAUGGAGCAGAUGGAUAACUUGGCUCCUCAGCUGGACAAGGCUGCCCAUGAGGCUUCCAGGGAACAGGUGGUCCUUUGGCAGGAGGAGCUGCAGUCCCUACAGUCUGCCGUGGGGGAGCUGAUAGUGGAAUGUGAGAAUAGGUUUGUCCAGAGUAAAGACUUUGAGACGGAGGUGAAGAGAACGCUGGACUGGCUGCAGCAUAUCAGGGAUGAGCUGGGCUGUGCUGUGGUAGUGGUGGACGUGAGGGUAGAAAAGGUCCAGGAAGAGAUCAGGAAACAGCAGAUAAUGCAGGAUGAGGUUCAGUCCAGGCUGAGGAUCGUGGCGGCCCUGAGCAGUAGGGAGAAACAAAAGUACACCAGCGCCAACGAACUGGUCCCAGCCUACGUUGACCUGAGCCUGGAGGAGAUGGCCAAUCUACAGGCUGAUGUACAGCAAGCAAUGAGUUUCAAACAGAUCACCCUGGAGCAGGCCUUGGCGUUGUGUCAGAAGUACCACUUCCGGAUGCAGUCUGCGUGUGAGUGGCUGGAGGACGCUGUGGCCUUCCUACAGCUGGCCAGUCUGGGGGUGGACGUAGAGAACUACGAAGAGUGUCUCCGCCAGCAGGAGGACAUCCUGGCCUCAGAGCAGAAGUUCCUAGACCACCUGCAAGAGUUGGAGGCUCUGCCCCCCCAGCUGGAGAACCUGGUUAACCCCACAGCCAAGGAACAGCUCAGACUGAAUGUGGAGUCUGCUCAGCAGAGAGGAGUGGAGGUCCGAGAUCAGCUGCAGAAUCACCAGGACGUCCUGAUCAGCUGUGUGGCCAAGUGGAAGUGUUACCAGGAGGCGAGGCAGACGGUGAUUGAACUGAUGAACGAGGCAGAGCAGAAGCUUACUGAGUUUUCCACCGCAAAGGCUGCCACCUUUCUGGAGGCCGAGGAGAAACUCAGGAGUCACAGGUCCCUGGUGUCGAUGGUGAAUGGGUUCCAGGAGAAGCUGACAGGGCUGGAGGAGCAGGCAUCACAACUGGAACUGGUGGGGAGUGAGGCCAGCAAGGCCACCAUCAGCCGCUCCAUGACCACGGUGUGGCAGCGCUGGACCCGGCUUCGCAGCGUGGCACGAGGGCAGGAGAGGGUACUGGAGGACACGGCCCAGGAGUGGAGGACCUUCAGAGAGAAGAUGGUGAAGCUGAGGAGCAUGGUGGAGGAUCUACAGAGCCGUAUUAUAGACUGUGUUGUGGAGAAGGCCUCCAAGGCUACCCUACAGUCUGUGUUGGACCAGCAUGAGCUGCUAAUCCAGGAUGUAGAGAGAGAGCUGUCCUCCCUCACCCUGCUGCGUCAGUAUGCCCUCAGCCUGCUCCAUGAUGUGGAGGUCCCUUCACCAUCAGCCACCUCUGGACAGGAUGAACUACCCAGUCUCAAGGAGAUCAGAGCAGUACAAGACCGCAUGGAAAGUCUGCUGCAGCAGGCGCAGACCAAGCGUACCCAGGCUGGGGUGGAGCUGAGGGACAGAGAGGAGGUAGAGAAGAAUCUGAGUGUGGUCAAAGCCUGGAUCCAGGAGACCAGGGAGAUGCUCCUCAACCCCACCUCAGAUAUAGAUGCUCUGCUGCAGGAGCUGGAGGUGGUUCACGGUGAUGUGAUUGGCUACCGUCAGCAUGUGGAUAAGAUAGCAGAGCAGCAGCAGAGCAAGUAUCUGGACCUGUACACCAUCCUGCCCUCAGAGAUCUCCAUGCAGCUGGCUGAGGUGUCCCUAGCACUGGGGGCCAUCCAGGAUCAGGUUCUAUCCAAAGAGAAAGAGAUCCAGAAGACAAGAGACAUCAAGGAGGACAUCAGUUCCAGGAUCCAUGACGUGUCAGAGAAGAUGAAAUCCAUCUCCACCAGUCUCAAUGACAAAGCCAGCGAUGUCCGACACGGUAAAGACGAGACCAAGUGUCUUUGUGAUGACCUGGAGAGCUGUCAUCGGACUCUGUCAGAGCUGGAUGUUGCAGUCCAGGAGUUCAGCAGACGGAACCCCAUCUUGGCCAAACAGCUGAGUGAUGCCAUCGUCAAGUUAGGAGACAUCCACCACCACACUGCCAGACUGGCCGAGUGUAGGACCAUCUGGUUCAAAAAGGCAGGGACCCACCUAGAGGAGUACAAUGAGAUGCUGGACUUCAUAGUGAGGUGGUCGGAGAAAGCCAAGGGCCUGGUGAGGGCCAACAUCAUCUGGAACUCCUCCUCUCAUCUGCAGGAACAGAUACGGAUGGACGAGUCCGUGCUGCGUGAGUCUCGAGAGCUCCAUGGGGACCUGCAGGCCAUGGGAGAGAAAGUGGAUCUGCUGUCUGAGGUGCUGCAGACGGAGAACAUGUCCCAGCAGGUGUGUGAGCUGAGCCGCCACACCGAGGAGCUCCAGCAGAUCAUCAGGACACGGCUGCAGAGCCUUCAGGACGCAGCCAAGAGUAUGGAGCCUCUGGAGUACGAGGUGAAGACCCUACAAAUGGCUCUGGAACAGGUCCAAGCUACAUUGACCUCUCCUGAACUUGCCCGACAGAGUCUCAAAGAACAACUGGCCCAGAGACAGCGUCUGCUGUCGGAGAUGGAGGGCUUCAAGCAGCAGGUGGAGGCGGUGCAGCUGUGUCAGAGCGCCCUGCGCGUCCCAGAGGAGGUGAUGCCUGGCCUGGCUAUCUGUCACACAGCACUGGGCCUACAGCAGGAGGCCAGCCAGCUACAGCAUGUUGCAAUACAGCAGUGCAACAUUCUACAGGAGGCUGUUGUGCAGUAUGAGCAGUAUGAGCAGGAGGCGAAGCACUUCCAGGGGCUGAUAGAGGAUGCCCACAGGGUCAUCCAGGACCAACCCAUUCCUACCAGCAACAUCCAGGAACUGCAGGCUCAGAUCCUACACCAUGAGGAGCUGGCCAAGAAAACCAAGGGUUACCAGGAGGAGAUAGCCAGUCUGAACUCGAAGUGUAAGAUGCUGACUGUGAAGGCCAAACAUGACACCAUGCUACUCACUGACACGGAGGGGGCGGGGCUUACCGUGGAGGACCUGGAUGGAGACACAGACAAACCGUCUGUUCUUAUGAUGACGGCUGGCCGCUGUCACACCCUUCUGUCCCCGGUCACCGAGGAGUCUGGGGAGGAGGGUACCAGCAGUGAGAUCUCCUCUCCUGUCUGUCGCUCCCCUUCUCCCAGCACUCACACACAGAUGGGACAAGACACCCUCCCCAGAGCUCCCGUACAGGAGCUAAAUGACCCGAUGUUUGAAUCUGAGGCUAACCUAGAUGACCUUCAACGCUCCUGGGAGACCCUGGAGAAUGUGAUCAGUGAGAAGCAGAGGUCUCUGUAUGAGGCGCUGGAGAAGCAGCAGUGCGACCAGGGUUCUCUUCAGUCUAUCUCCUCUAAGAUGGAGGCCAUCGAGGCCAAACUCAACAAGCCACUGGAGGCUGACCGGAGCACCGAUAGUCAUAUGGAAGCCCAUCAGGCUGUGGUGGAGGAGGUUCAGAGUCUGCAGGAGGAGAUAGACAAGCUGCAGACCAGCUUCUCAGACCAGCUUGGUUCUGCUGCUGUGGACGACCCGGCCGACCAGCUGGCCAUGCAGUCCACCCUCACUGUCCUGUCUGAGAGGAUGGCCACCAUACAGAUGAAGGCCUCAGGAGAACGACAGCUACUGGAGGAGCGUGUCAGUGACCGUCUAAAGGAGCAGCAUCAGGAGCGUGUCAGUGACCGUCUAGAUAAGCAGCAUCAGGAGCGUGUCAGUGACCGUCUAGAGAAGCAGCAUCAGGAGCGUGUCAGUGACCGUCAAGAGAAGCAGCAUCAGGAGCGUGUCAGUGACCGUCUAGAGAAGCAGCAUCAGGAGCGUGUCAGUGACCGUCUAGAGGAGCAGCAUCGGGAGCGUGUCAGUGACCGUCAAGAGGAGCAGCAUCAGGAGCGUGUCAGUGACCGUCUAGAGAAGCAGCAUCAGGAGCGUGUCAGUGACCGUCUAGAGAAGCAGCAUCAGGAGCGUGUCAGUGACCGUCUAGAGGAGCAGAAUCAGGAGCGUGUCAGUGACCGUCUAGAGAAGCAGCAUCAGGAGCAUGUCAGUGACCGUCUAGAGGAGCAGCAUCAGGAGCGUGUCAGUGACCGUCUAGAGAAGCAGCAUCAGGAGCGUGUCAGUGACCGUCUAGAGGAGCAGCAUCAGGAGCGUGUCAGUGACCGUCUAGAGGAGCAGCAUCAGGAGCGUGUCAGUGACCGUCUAGAGGAGCAGCAUCAGGAGCGUGUCAGUGACCGUCUAGAGGAGCAGCAUCAGGAGCGUGUCAGUGACCGUCAAGAGGAGCAGCAUCAGGAGCGUGUCAGUGACCGUCAAGAGGAGCAGCAUCAGGAGCAGACCUUACAACAUUACCUCAACCAAGCUGACCAGAUGGACCAAUGGUUGCUCAGCACCCGCGAAGCCCUCCGUCCCAGUGCUGAGGAGGAGCAGCUCAUAGACGGCCAGAACAUGCUGCAGGAGAUAGAGCAGAAGGUGGUGGCCCUGUCGGAGCUGACCAUGCGCAGCGAGAGCCUGCUUCUGGAGGGAAGGCAGGAGACGCGGAUGGACAUAAGGGAGGACACAGAGCAGCUGGCCAGGAAGCUGCGGACGCUGAAGGGAAGUCUGCUGGAGCUGCAGAGGAUGCUGCAGGACAAACACAUCAACAUCCAGUUCCAUGGCUCUCUGCAGGACCAGGAGGACAGUGAGUCUGACUCCACUCUGUCUCAGGGGCCCAGCCUGCAGGACUGCCUGUUCCAGGCCCACACCACACUCUCACAACACCACCAGGACAGCCUCCAGAGACAGAGGGAGCUGGAGGAGCAGCUAGCUGAACAGAAGAAGCUGUUACAGUCUGUAGCCAGUAGAGGAGAGGAGAUCCUGAUAAAGCAGGCCUCACCUAGCAGUGUCAGUAUGACAGAGCCCUUCUCUCCGGAGAUACUGCUGGAGCGAGAGUCCCAGGCUGCCCAGUACCAGAUGAGACAGAGGUGGGAGAGCCUGAGGAAAGAACUGAGCACCAAGCUCCAGCUCCUACAGAAAACCCUGGAACAAGACCACAAGCAACAGAUUUACUCCAGAACUGCCGCUGGGACCCUGUUUAAAGGAGAGAUGGGUAAAACAGAGGAUAAAUCUUCACUGAAGAUGUUAUAUGAGGGUUUCAGCCAAACGAUGGAGGAGAUGUCUUGUCAAACUGGGGCCUCUGAGGGCAAGGUAAUCCCCAUGGAGCAGCAUCUCUACCAAGCCGUGUCAGCUACCUCCUCCUGGCUGGAUGGUGUGGAGAACACCCUGUUCUCUGGUCCUGCGCUGCUGACAGAGAACGCUGAGACACAGCUACAAAACCAGGAGGCCUUAGGGAAGGAUGUCAGUGAGGUGACUGGGGAGGUGAGCCACAGUCGGGGUCUCCUAGGCCAACCUACAGGGCUGUGUGCGGAGGACCAGGUCCUGUUAGAGGACACACUGGACUGUUUGACAGAGAGGCUGCAAACUCUGGACUCUGCCCUGGAGCGACGCUGUGAACACAUGAGGACUAGGAUGCAGGAACUCACUGCCUACCAGACGGAGUCACAGCUUCUCCUUGCUGAUUUAACCGACACCAAGUGCCAGAUCCUUCAGACGUUGGCGGGAGCCACGGACAGACCAGGAUCCAAACAGCUUGAGGUCCUAGCUGAGGCUGAGGAGGGUUUGAGAGAGUUUGAGCAGAGGAUCACCCAGCUGAAAACAAGAGGAAUAGAACCACAGGCAGAACAGAUGUCCACCAAUGAGAUGCUCAAGCUACAGGAUGCCUAUGAGGAGUUGGUGAUGACGGUGGGCUCGCGGCGUAGCAGCCUGAACCAGAACAUGGCUCUGAAGGGGCAAUAUGAGAGGGCUCUGCAGGACCUGGCUGACCUGGUGGACACUGCUCAAGACAAGAUGGCCGGCGACCAGAGGGUCAUCGCCAGCUCUGUGGAGGAAGUUCAGAUUCUCCUUGACAAACACAAGGAGUUCUUCCAGGGUCUGGAGUCCCACAUGAUCCUGACAGAGACGUUCUUCAGGAAGAUCAGUGGCCUGGUGGUUCCCAGAGAGAAGCAGGCUCUGGAGGAGAUACUGACCCUGGCCCAGGGAGUCCUCAAACAGGCCCACAGGAGAGGGGUGGAGCUGGAGUACAUACUGGAGACUUGGAGCCGUCUGGUGCCGGACUACCAGGCUCUGUGUAUGCAGUUGGAGGCGGUGGAGGGUAGCAUCCCCACAGUGGGCCUGGUGGAGGAGACAGAGGAGAGCCUCACUGAGAUGAGUUCACUCUAUCAGAGUCUGAAGGGCAGACUGACGGAGCACAGGCACAAGCUGAUCCAGGUGCUGGAGGAGGGGAAGAGGCUACAGCUGUCUGUGUGCUGUCCUGGCCUGGACACAAAGCUCACAGUGCUAGGGGAACACUGGCUCAGCAACACUACCAAGGUCAACAAGGAGCUGCAGAGACUAGAGGCCAUACUCAAACAUUGGACCAGGUAUCAGAAGGAGUCGUCAGAGCUGAUUGGCUGGCUGCAGUCUGCUCUAGAACGUCUGGACUUCUGGAACAUUCAGGCAGCCGUAGUUCCACAGGAGAUGGAGACCCGCAGGGACCAUCUCUCUGCCUUCCUGGACUUCUGUAAAGAGGUGGAGUCGCGUUCAUCUCUGAAGAAUUCUGUGCUGACUGAGGGUAACCAGCUACUGAGGCUGAAGAGUGCUGGAACUGCAGCCCUGCGCUCUGACCUGGCCCGCAUAGACUCAGAGUGGACCCAACUAUUCACACUCAUCCCAGGGGUGCAGGAUAAGCUACACCAGUUACAAAUGGAGAAGUUGGCCUCUAGGCAUGCCAUCUCUGAGCUGGUCAACUGGAUGUCUCUGAUGGAGAAUGUGAUUGGAGAGGACGAGGAGAACCUGAAGGGAGCAGUGGGGUCGACUGUCAUCCAGGACUAUCUACAGAAAUACAAGGGCUUCAGAGUUGAUGUGCGCUGUAAGCAGCUGACGGUGGACUUUGUGAACCAGUCUGUUCUCCAGAUCAGUGAUCAGGAUGUGGAGAGCAGGCGCAGCGACCAGACAGACUUUGCCGAGAAGCUGGGAGUCAUGAACCGACGUUGGCAGCUACUACAGGGACUCGUCACGGAGAGGGUCCAGUUCCUGGAGACUCUGCUGGAGGCCUGGUUGAACUAUGAGAACAACAUACAGGGCCUGAAGACCUGGCUGCUCGCUCAGGAGGAGAGGCUGAAGAGGAAACCCAGGAUAGAGGACCUAACCUCCGUACAGAACGCUCUCAAUGACUGCCAGGAGAUGGAGGAGAAGGUGAAGGAGAAGGAGAGUGAGGUGGAGGGGGUGGAGGAGCAGGCCUGUGCCCUCAUCCAGAACAAAACCGACGAGGCCUGCGCUGUUGUCAUGGAGACGCUCCAAGCUGUCAAUCACACCUGGGCUAACCUGGACCACCUGAUCGGCCAGCUGAAGAUCAGCCUCGUGUCAGUGGUGGACCAGUGGAGUCUGUACAAGCUGUCCUCAGAGGAGAUGAACGGCUACCUGAUGGAGGGGAGGUACUCUGUGUCCCGUUUCCGCCUCCUCACCGGCUCCCUGGAGGCUGUACAGCUACAGGUGGAGAGUCUCCAGAGCCUACAGGAGGAACUGGAGAAGCAGGAGGGCAGUCUGAGGAAGUUUGGCUCUGUGACACACCAGCUGCUGAAUGAGUGCCACCCGUCUGUGUCCGACUCCCUCAACAAUACCCUGAAGGACGUCAACGCUAGGUGGAGCAGUCUACUGGAAGAGAUCUCAGAGCGUCUGAAGAGCAGCAAAGCCCUGCUACAGCUGUGGCAGCACUACAAGGAGCUGUAUGGAAAGAGCAGCUCCAGUGUCCAGCUACAAGAGGAGCAGGCUGACCGACUCCUGGAGACCGCCUGCACCAAGGACAUCACAGACGAGGAGGUCUCCACCUGGAUCCAAGACUGCAGCGAGUUGCUUCGUGCCCAGGCUCCAGUGAAGGCAUCUCUACAGGUUAUUCAGGAGCUAGGAGAUCAGCUGAAGCAGCAGGUGGACACAUCCGCAGCGUCCGCCGUCCAGUCAGACCACCUCUCUCUGACCCAGCGCCUGGCCACUGUGGAGCAGGCCCUCAGCAGGCAGCUCACUACACUACAGACGGGAGUCCAGGACUAUGAGACCUUCAGUGAGCAGCUGGGUUCCUUAGGUCGCUGGAUGGUGGAGGGAGAAGAGGCUCUAAAGGUCCAGGAUCCCAACAGUUCUUCUGACCUGUCCAUCAUCCAGGACCGAAUGGAGGAACUCAAGAGACAGAUCUUGAGAUUCAGUAGCAUGGCUCAUGACCUGGAGCGUCUAAACGAGCUGGGCUACAGACUUCCUCUCAACGACAUUGAGAUCAAACGCAUGCAGAACCUUAACCGUAGCUGGUCUGCAGCCAACACCCAAACCACUGAGAGGUUCAGCAAAUUGCAGUCAUUCCUGCUGCAGCAGCAGACGUUCAUGGAGAAGUGUGAGACGUGGAUGGAGUUCCUGGUACAAACAGAGGAGAAGCUGGCCGUGGAGAUCUCUGGGAACUACCAGAGUCUGAUGGAGCAGCAGAGAGCGCACAAACUGUUCCAGGCUGAGAUGUUCAGUCGUCAGCAGAUCCUCCACUCUAUAAUCAGUGAUGGCCAGAGGAUGCUGGCGCAGGGACAGCUGGAUGACAGGGAUGAAUUCAACCUGAAGUUGUCGCUGUUGAGUAACCAGUGGCAGGGCGUGCUGCGUUGCGCCCAGCAAAGGCAGGGUAUCAUCGACAGCCUGAUCCGCCAGUGGCAACGUUACAGGGAUAUGUCAGAGAAGCUGCGGAAAUGGCUAGUGGAGGUCUCACACCCCGCCGAGGCCCUACUGGCUGGGGCGCCCGUACCCCUGCAGCAGGCCAGAUCCAUGCUGGACGCAGUUCAGAUAAAGGAGAAGGUCCUACAGCGACAGCAGGGCUCUUACAUCCUGACAGUAGAAGCUGGGAAGCAGCUGCUCCUAUCUGCAGACAGCAGGGCAGAGGUGUCUCUGCAGGGAGAGCUCACAGACAUCCAGGAACGCUGGAGACAUGCCACCAUCUGCCUGGAGGAACAGAGGCGUGAGCUGGACAAGCUGAUGAAGGACUGGGAGACAUGUGAGAGAGGCAUCGAGGGUUCUCUGGACAAGCUGAGGGAGUUCAAACAGCAGUUAUCUCAGCCUCUCCCUGAUCACCACGAGGACUUGCAAGCUGAACAGAUGCGAUGCAAGGACUUGGAGAAGACGUUUGACGGCUGGACAGAAGACCUAGCCCACCUGACGGUGCUGAGGGAGUCCCUGUCUAGCUACAUCAGUGCUGAGGACCUGUCUGUCCUACAGGAACGCAUGGAGCUUCUGCACCGCCAGUGGGAGGAAAUCUGUCACCAGCUAUCCCUGCGGCAGCAGCAGGCGGGUGAGAAGCUGAAUGAGUGGGCUGUGUUUAAGGAGAAGAACAGGGAGCUCUGUGAUUGGCUUACCCAAAUGGAGAGCAAGGUCUCCCAGAAUGGAGACGUCAGAAUCGAGGAGAUGAUCGAGAAGCUACGCAAGGACUAUUAUGAGGAGAUAGCGGUGGCCCAGGAGAACAAGCAGCAGCUGUACCAGCUGGGGGAGAGACUGGUCAAGGCCAGCCAUGAGACCAAGGCAUCUGAGAUAGAACACAAACUCAGCAUGGUGGGCGAGCGCUGGCAACACCUGCUGGACCUCAUCGGAGCCAGAUUGAAGAAGCUGAAGGAGACUCUGGUGGCAGUGCAGCAGCUGGAUAAGAACAUGAUUAGUCUGCGGCCCUGGCUGACCCACAUAGAGACUGAGCUGUCCAGACCCAUCCUAUACGACACCUGUGACUCCCAGGAGAUACAGAGGAAGCUGGACCUGCAGCAGGAGCUUCAGCGUGACAUAGAGAAGCACAGCACAAGUGUGGCGUCUGCAUUGAACCUGUGUGAGGUGUUGUUACACGACUGUGACGUCUGUGCCACGGACACAGAGUGUGAUUCCAUCCAGCAGACCACCAGGAACCUGGACCGCCGCUGGAGGAGCAUCUGUACCCUGUCCAUGGAGAGGAGGCUCAAGAUUGAAGAGACAUGGCGUUUAUGGCAGAAGUUCUUAGAAGACUUUAUGCGUUUUGAGGAGUGGCUAGUGACCUCAGAGAAGACCGCUGCUCUACCCAACUCUUCAGGAGUACUGUACACAGUGGCCAAGGAAGAACUCAAGAAGUUUGAGGCGUUUCAGUUUCAGGCCCAUGAGAGCCUGACCCAGCUGGAGACGAUCAAUAAGCAGUACCGCCGUCUGGCCAGGGAGAACCGCACAGACUCCUCCUGUCGCCUCCGGGAAAUGUCCCACGACGGGAACCAGCGCUGGGAUAACCUGCAGAAGAGGGUGGCCUCCAUCCUCCGCAGGCUCAAGCACUUUAUCAAUCAGCGUGAGGAGUUUGAGACGGCCAGAGACAGCGUCGUGGUGUCGCUCACUGAGAUUGACCUGCAGCUCACCAACAUAGAACACUUCUCAGAGUGUGACAUCCGAGCCAAGAUCAAACAGCUCCGGGCGUUCCAGCAGGAGAUUUCUCUGACCACGGGGAAGGUCGGGCACAUCUUCCACCAGGGAGAGGUGCUGCUACAGAAGAGUGAGCCUCUGGAUGCAGCUGUUAUAGAGGAGGAGCUGGAGGAGCUGCGGAGAUACUACCAGGAGGUGUUUGGACGCGUGGAACGUUACUAUAAGAAGCUGAUCCGACGACCGCUGACAGGAGAAGAAUACGAUGUGUCAUUCUCGGACCAGGAGAUUGAACUGGAUGAACUUGGGGACCUGUUCAGCAUUCCCUGGAGUGAACGUCUUGGAGACCUGAGUUCCCCUCUGCCCUCCCUGACUGCCCCCCUCUGUACUGGGGCUGAGCGCUCGGGCAGGGGCACCCCAGCCAGCGUGGACUCCAUCCACCUGGAGUGGGACCAUGACUACGACCUGAGAAAGAGGCUGGAGAGUGCCAGCAGGGCCCUGGGCCUGGCCUCUGAGCACGAGGAGCACAGAGAGGAGGGGAACUACCAGGGAUCAGCUUCCGCUCUGUCAGGAGAGGGAGGUACACUGGACACCCACAUCCUUCAGUUGGACAGGGUUCUGGACACCAGCCGGUUACAUCUGCAACAGACAGAGAACGUCAUCCGCAGCAGAACCCCCACCGGGCCAGAGCUGGAUGCAUCAUACAUGGGAUAUAUGCGUCUGCUGGGAGAGUGUCGUAGCAGUAUAGACACAGUGAAGAGGGUUGGCUACGAACUGAAGGGGGAGGGGGACAAGGCCUCAGGACUUGCUGACACCAUUGAUGAUGAAUCACAAACAACAGGUGUGAUACAGCGCUGGGAGUUGCUGCAGGCCCAAGCCCUCAGUAAAGAGAUGCGUCUGAAGCAGAACCUUCAGCAGUGGCAGCAGUUCAACUCUGACCUCAACGCUGUGUGGGCGUGGCUGGAGCAGGCAGGGGAGGAGCUAGAGCAGCAACGGAGGCUGGACCUCAGCACCGACAUCCAGACCAUCGAGCUGCGCAUCAAAAAACUGAAGGAGCUGCAGAAGGCUGUGGACAAGCGUAAGGCCACAGUGCUGUCCAUCAACCUGUGCAGUGCAGAGUUUGUCCAGUCCGCCACAGAAGAGUCCCAGGACCUGCAGGCCAGGCUGAAAGAGAUGAACAACCGCUGGGACAGAUUGGGCACCUCUCUGGGGGAGUGGAGGGUAGCGCUACAAAAGGCCCUUAUGCAGUGUCAUGACUUCCAUGAGAUGAGUCACGGCCUGCUACUGUGGCUGGAGAACAUUGACCGCAGGAGGAACGAGAUUGUUCCCAUUGACCCCAUCCAGGACAGCAACACCCUCCAUGAGCACCACAAAACACUCCUGAAAAUCCGCUGUGAGCUGCUAGACACCCAGAGGAAGGUGUUGUCCCUACAGGACAUGUCCCUGCAGCUGCUGGUCAACAGCGAGGGCAGUGACUGUCUGGAGGCCAAGGAGAAGGUUCACGUCAUCGGGAACCGCCUCAAACUGCUCUUCAAGGAGGUGACCAGAGACCUCAGAGAGCUAGAGAAGAUUCUGGACAUUACCAGCAGCCAACAGAAUCUGUCUAUGUGGUCGUCAGCUGAUGAGCUAGACACCACCUCUGGUUCCAUAAGCCCGGUGUCGGGCAGGAGCACGCCAAGUCGCCGUCGAUCGCAACGGGGCAAAUGUAGUAUGUCACAGCAGACCUCUGGACCCUCUGUGAGCAGUCCACACAGAUCACACAGGUUUCGCGUCGCUGGGUCCGCUUCCUCCCCUUCUGAGGCAGAGGGGAAAUCCUCAUCGUCACAUUUCCUGUACCGCGUCCUAUGGGUGGCGGUGCCCCUCCAGUUGCUCUUCCUCUUGCUGCUGGUGGGCAUGGGCUGCCUGGUGCCAAUGUGUGAGGGUGAUUUGGACUGCACCCAGUCCAAUAACUUUGCCCGUUCCUUCCACCCGAUGCUACAAUACACCAACGGGCCCCCUCCUGUAUAGUCUUUCAUGACAGACCAAACAUUUGGUUCUGGGUGCCGAGCGAGAUUACAGCCUGGCCCUGGUAUGGAGACGAACCUGAGGAGGACAGUUGGGCUUUUUGAACUUCAUGACUGUUGGGGUUUUCACCUCUAUGGGUCUCUCUCCUGUUGUUUUCCCCCAAUAACAGUACGGGAACUGUUUCAAUGCUCCGCUAGUUUGCAGCUUCCAUGAAGAAUAGAGAUAUGGCGUUACGUCAUUCUGCACCUUGUGUUGCCGUGCAUAGGCAAGCACUAUAGGAUGCCAAAACCUUAGUUAUAUCUUCUUUGUUCUGUAUGGAUGAAGUACAGCAGCACUCUUAACUUGUCUUUUCACUCGUGUCAUCUUUUAGUUUUCUGUUAUGUUGUAUGUAUAGACGAAGAAGCGUCUUAGGGGCAGCAAAUGUAAGAACCAAAAAAAAAUUCUGGCGGCGGUCAGUGGAUAUCCCCUGGAUACACAUGCCAUGUAUUGCCAUUUGUCCUCUAGUUCAAUGCAGAGCAUAUACCCUGUGAAUGUGCCUGUUGUAACAAUUGAACACUUGUGAAAUAACAUUUUAAGAUUACUUAUAUUGCAAUAUUUUUUUUUUUACAUGUGUUUUGGCAUGCGGUUAUGAUCUUUGCUUAUGGGUGUGUCCGUGAUGAAUAUUUGAUUUUUAAUCUGAAUUAUACCUGGGCGUAAGAAUCUAUUUAGUCUGAAUUGUGUAUUGAAUGUGUAUGAAAGGCCAUAAUGAAGAGUUAUUUGCUAUAAACUGUUUAAAAGCAUAAGAAACAUUGACAAAUCAUGUGGACAUUUCUGAAUGAAAAUAAUGUACUGAACACACAUUGUUAUUUUUCUAGCUGAAAAUAUGGAUUCUACAAACUAACUAUUAAUCAAAAGUAUAACGAAUUAUAAAACUGUAUAUUUUCUAUCGCUCUGUGUGUUUAGUUUUAAAUGUACAACAGUCCAGGAUUACUUAACAUAUUCUGUACAUAAUAUAAAUGUAUAUCUAUAAUCUAUAUCUGACCCUAAAUUACAAAUAUUGAAUGCCAAAUUCUCA